GCGAGCGCGCGGUCCUCCGUGCCCGGCAAAAACUAUCGCACGGAUCCGAUACCAUCUGUAAUCGGCAUAAUUCGAUAUAGUCGCGGCUCAUCCAAUUAUGCGGUUGUGAGCCUUGGCGCUGCAGGCUUCGACAGAAGACGCACGCGCCCCGCGCGGCGCGGCGCUCGCCGCCCGCUUGUUUUGCUAAACAACCGCUGUUUUUGACAGAGCACAUGUUAGGAAGUGAGCUGGUUAGAUAGCCAAGGCACUUCGCAGCCAUGGAGUAUGGGUACUUGAGUGGGGCCGGUGGCGGGUUUGAGAGCGGCUGUCUGGGCUCCGGUGGCGGUGAACUGUCGUGGGGCGAGCUGGCGUCAUGCGGUCAGAUGUCGCAGGCCGCUUACCGGUACCAAGGCAUGCGGUACCAGCCUCCACCACCACAGUGCGCGAGGCCUCAGGACGCGGCUAUGAGGAAUCAUCAUAUUUUCCCUCCAGCUAUGAAUUUGCAACCUGGACUUCCUUACAAAGUAUACGGCAGCCAUGAAGGUUCGCUGACGGAAAAACGUAAACAACGACGAAUCCGCACCACCUUCACUUCUGCGCAACUCAAGGAGUUAGAGCGAGCCUUUCAAGAGACGCACUAUCCGGACAUUUAUACUAGGGAAGAAAUUGCUAUGAAAAUAGACCUCACAGAAGCGAGAGUACAGGUAUGGUUCCAGAACCGAAGGGCGAAGUUCCGUAAGCAGGAGCGUUUAGCGCAGCAGAAAGCGGGCGAAGCUCCAGUGAAGGCGGAAGGCAAACGGGACAAACCUGCCUCACCGGCGACAUCGCCGCAUCCCGCGCCGCCUGCCUCCGCGCCACAACCAGCGCACCAUGCUUUGCCCCAUUUAUCUCCGCCCGAUUUGAAACCUAUUACGUCAUCAGCAAAUAAGAUAUGUGACGAGCUGAACGGAGUAGGUGGAGGUGCGGGGGUGCCACCGGUGAGUGGCAGCGGCAGCGGCAAGUGGGCCGGCGGCUGUGGCCUGUUGCGACAGCCUUCAGGGUUUCCCCUACUCGGCGUCGCGCCUCCCAACUAUCUGCUCUCCGACCAUCUUGGAACUCUCGCUAAAACGAACAACCAUCUUUUCUAAUGGGUGUAAACCACAUUGUUGGCUCACUGUUUACACUUAGUUGAGUUGGCAAGGAGUCCCACAGUGGUUACCGCCUCUAUUUACGCCAAGUGGCUAUCCCAUUUUUCAACAACAUAUACAUUCCAAGAGAUAAUCCGAGUGACAAAUUAAAGUGACUUGAUGCCUAGUUAUGGAACGGUAAAUUGACUGAAUUCGCUAGUGAAAUUAAAUCACAAGUGCCAAAAUGUGUCCAUUUAAAUAUAUUAUCGCAAUAAUAAACUUUAAACGAAGUUUUAGAUGUAUUUAUAUUGCUAAAACCGCUAAACGAACAGGUUUUCAUGUAUAGAGGUGUAAUAUUUAAAACAGAGUGUAUAAUUAAGAAUUCUUGUAUUAGAUAUCAAUUAAUUGAUUUAUUAGAUCAAUAUAAAAUAAAAUUUUGUGUGAUAAUGUCUGUAAAUAUGAACUUUAAACCAUCGUAUACGUCAUUGAAGUAUACUCAUUUAAUUGUAAACAAAAGAACUUACUAAUAAUAAUUGUAAUAGUUUUUGUUUAUAAUUAUUUUAUUUUUAUAUUUGUUGUCUUAUAAUAACAAAUUUUUCUAUGAAUUGUACCUAAAAUGAAUUAGAUACCUACUCAAGUGUGAUAAUUGAAGUUUUGUGAUUAUGGUUGUAGUGUAUAGAGUGAUCAGUUGGUAUGUUGUGGAUUUGUAGUCGAAAUAUUAAAAAUCUAGUCAUGACGUCUUACAUAUUAAUGUUAUUUUUCAUAUUUUGAUGAGUAAACAUGUAAUUUUUUUAUUUAUGAUUUUUUUUAUUACGUUACUUACAUUCCAUGACUUACAAAGUACUAGUUUUAAAUUAGAUAUAUACAGUGCAGACUGGUGUAGAACAAUGUUGUAAAUAUGUAAUCUAAACUACCUAAUUUGUAAAUAAUACAUAGUGAUGUACCCGAGUGCAUGUAUGUAAUUAAAUUGAUGAAUUUGUGG